AUGGCCGAGUUCAACGCCCGGGCUGAAGCCCUCGUGCCCAAGUUCCAGCUGGAACGCGUCCUCAACCAAGACCAGGCGGGCAGACGGACAUCCAUGUACGGCACCAUCGACAAAGAGCCCGCGCUUCUCGUCGUCGAACGUGCCCCGUUCCCUACAUCCGACAAGUAUCUCGGCCGGAUCCCGUCCUCCCUCGCUAGACUAAAGAACCUCGGCGCCAACGACAUAUACAGCUGGAGCAUGGCACGGACAGGCAGCGACGACGAAGAGGAGUCCAACAAGGAAAAAGCAGGCUUCUUUGCCGAUUUAAAAAUCAACUUGAUCUACCCAUGCACAGAGACACAUGUUAAAAAGUACAGCAAGCAACACGUUCGAUUUGUUACGGAAACGCCAGAGAUAUAUAGAGACAGUAUUAGACCGUACAUGCAGAGCAAGCGAGACCAAGGAAGACUAAACUGGGUAUUCAACAUUAUCGAGGGUCGAAAGGAAGUAGAAGACGUCAUUUAUAGAACGAAGCUGGGGGAAGCGGGCGACGAGGGCUUCCUCCUCCUGCCCGACCUAAACUGGGACCGUAGCACGCUAGAAGCGCUGCACCUUCUGGCGAUUGUGGAACGGCGCGACAUUUGGUCCCUGCGAGACCUAAAGAAGAAGCAUAUCCCUUGGCUGGAGCACAUGAAGAACAAGCUCAUCUCCGCCACCGUCAAGACGUAUCCAUCCAUCGAACCGGACCAGCUGAAGCUCUACGUGCACUACCAGCCCACGUACUACCACUUUCACAUUCAUAUUGUCCAUGUUGCGCUCGAGGCUGGCGCCACUCAGGCGACGGGCAAGGCUUUCGGGCUCGAUGUGGUUAUAGAGAUGCUCAAGGUCAUGGCUGGGGAUGAAGAGGCAGGGAUGGAUGCUGUGUCAAUGACGUAUACUCUUGGCGAGGCCAGUGAAUUAUGGACAGAAGUAUAUGAGCCGCUUAAGAAGAGCGGUAGAGCUUCUCGAUAG